GAUGUCUUCAGGCUUUGAAGAUAAAACUGGCAUCAUCAAAUCUGCGACUGAUUGGGGUAGUUGGUAUCAAACUAUUGAAGACAUCACUGCAGAAAUACUUGUACCAUUGACCACUAAAGGUAGAGACAUUAAAAUCAAGAUUCUGCCUUCAUCUCUUUCGUGUUCUGUAAAUGGAAAGGAGGUUCUGUCUGGUAAGCUAUUUGCAAGUAUUGUUUGUGAUGAGAGUACUUGGACUUUAGAAGAUCAUGAAGACAACUGUCGCAUCAUCCGUAUUUUCCUUGUGAAGGGUAAUAAGACUCCUCAAAGUUGUUGGACUUCAUUACUUCAAGAUAAAUAUCCAGCUGAUAUGGACACCCUUGACAAAAUGCAGAAAAAAAUUCUCCAAGAACGCUAUCAAUCAGAAAAUCCAGGAUUUGACUUCAGUCAAGCAGAAGUAACUGGAAACUAUCAGAAUGGGGGUCCUACUUUAUCAUGAAUAUCCAAUUAUAUCAUUUGGGGUAACCUUUUCUUGGGUAUACUAUGUUUUUUAUAUGUCGAAGUGUGCUAGAAACACAAGAAGUU